AUGGGAUAUAGCCGGUAUCCAGUCUACGCAAUAUGUCUCCUAGCGCUUGCAUAUCAGUCACUCGGACAAGCCACAGACAUCCGAGAUAUCACCUAUGCCGAUAAGAAUAUCACAGUUGCCGGCGUUCCAAUCAAAUUCCGGUCCGAGCCAAGGGGCCGUGGAACCACCGGUAUCAUUCUUAGUUGUGUUGCAACCUUCCUCUUCUGUAUCUGGGGGACCGUCCACCCUAACAUCAUCGUCGGGGCGAAGUCCUACUACCGACUCUUCUACAAAGCAGUACUCAUGCUUGUAGCAAUUGUUGUUCCCGAAGGUCUUAUAUUAUCUGCCUUUGCGCAGUACAGGCAAGCAAAGGACCUUCACAAUUUGUGGUUGAAGCAGCGUCGAGACGAACAUGAGGAGGAGGACGAACCAUGGUAUACUUUCUUGAAGUUUUGGCAAGACUCUAAGAGUACCUUCGGCAUGGAAGGGGCAUUCUUUGUGGUGAUGGGUGGGUUUGUGGUAAAGAGGCCAAGCACUGGCACUGUUCGCAUCCAGGGCCAGGGUGAAGAACCGCCUGUAACCAUUGAUCAGAAUGCAAGCGGAGAACAGGAUACCUUUUUUCGUAAGCGUGAGCAAGACGAGGGACAUGUUAUUCUCACCUAUGAAGGUUUCAAACACUACAUCGACCUUAUCGACAAGGACGAUAUGGGUCGCCACAGGCAAGCAAUUCUGGAUAAGGGGAAAGCGAGUAAUAUGGCCAAAUGUCUCGCCGGUCUUCAGGCAUUGUGGCUGAUUGUACAGUGUUUUGCGCGAUGGCAAGCAGGGUUACCGGUGACAUUGCUUGAGGUUCAUGUGGCAAUACAGGUUGUCUGCACAAUGAUCAUAUUCUUCUGCUGGUGGGGCAAGCCUCUGGACGUUAACCAACACAUUGAGAUAACCCUACGAAGAAGGGUCAGGGGUACCUUCCCGGCCGCCCUGCACCAGACAGAUCUUGAGGGCGGCCUCAAUGAAGCGGAACAAGAGCUGGUUUACCUCACGUCCGAAGAGAAAAAGCUCCGCGAUAAUCGAAAGACGAAUUUUGCGGUUAACCCAAAAGGUCAAAGGUUCAUCUUCAAAAAGACACCACCGGACCUAACCGGAAUAACCGCGAAAGCUUUCUACGACAUGUCAAGCUGCCUUGAUAAUUCAAACAACAGACACAAUUCCGAGAAAGAUGACAAUUUGGAAAAAGGGGGACGUUCGGAAGUGCGGGGAGACGCGGGAAAGAAAUCGCACUGGAAGGCUAUGGGGGCUGAAGCAUCCUUAGUGUUUUUAACUGGCGCCCUACAUGCCGCUGCAUGGAACUUUCCUUUUGAGAAUCAAUGUGGAAGAGUCUUAUGGCGAGCAUCCUCCAUCGGUAUGUGCGUGUGUCCAACCCUCGCCGUGUUUAUUGCGUCUAUUACGGCCUACCAAGUGGACCUAGUAACCGCGGUCUGGGAAAUCCAUCUCGGCCACCCCGAAGAUUACAAAAAGAAACGGCAUCUCUGGGGUGUGACAAAGGCGAUCAGCGACCAGUUACUCAGAAUGGCGGAGCGGCAUGGCUAUCGGAUAAAUCAAGAAAAGAGUCCUCGGAGUAAGCGUGGGGGGUGUUUCAUGACGUCUUUGCAUUUUUUGUUGAUGUGGGUUGUUUUGCUGCUGCUUAUAGCGUACGCCGUUUCUAUCAUUACAAUCACGAUAAUAUCCUUUGUGAGUAUGCGGAGCCUACCCGUAGGGUCAUUCAACACACCGAGAUGGAACGACUAUUGGCCUCAUUUUUAG